CGGUACAAGUGCUCUAUCUGCGACAAGACAUUUUCGCGUCCCUUUAACCUGCGCUCUCACCGUGCAACUCAUGCUGGAGUCAAGCCCUUUAUGUGUUCUUUUGUGGAUGAGAAGGGUGAGGCCUGCAACUGGUCCUUUGCUCGUCGACAUGAUCUUGAGCGUCACAUGCGUAGCCGUCACUCUGGAGAGAAGCAGUUCAAGUGCAGGAACUGUGGCUCGGGAUGCGGUAGACACGAUGCCUAUAAGAGACAUCUU